AUGGCCCCUAAAUAUGCAAUGGACGGCCUCUUCUCAAUCAAGUCUGAUUUGUUUAGUUUUGGUGUUCUAGUGUUGGAGAUUAUUAGUGGUAAAAAGAACAAGGGAUUUUAUUGCUCAAACAAUGAACUAAACCUCCUAGGAAAUACUUCGAAGCUAUGGAAUGUAGGAAAGGGGUUGGAAAUUAUAGACUCAUCGUAUUCCCACUCUGAGGUAUUGAGGUGCAUGCAAAUCGGCCUUUUAUGCGUUCAAGAGCGUGCAGAAGAUAGGGCUACAAUGUCGUCUGUGGUUAUGACGCUGAGUAGUGAAACUGCAGCAACAAUGCCCCACCCUUAA